UGGUACGAUGAAUGAAAGAUAGAGGGUUCAAGUAUGGAGUGUACAGCUUGUUAAAUUCUUAAAAGAGAUGGGAGGGGCUGUGGGGGAGGGGGCUGUUCUUUGGGUGGGUGUGGUUUAAUUAGAUGCUAUUUUUACUAAUUAUAAAGUAUGUUUCAGAAUCCCUCCGGCCACGAAUACAAUUAAGAUAAAAUGUCGCGUCGAGCUAGCGUCUUUGCGCGCCAGAACCCAGGGCGGCGCCGCGUACGAUUCCCAGAUGAGAUCGUCUUCGAAGAGAGCAUUAAGGAGAGUGACGGGGAAGUGAUCAUGAAAAUGUUACGACGAGCCUCUGUAGAUAUUGAUGUGGACAGAAUUAAUAUGGCAGGGAUGACAGCUCUCCAUCAGGCUGUAUUGGAUAAUAACCUUGUAGUGGUGAGAAUUCUUAUUCAUCAUGGAGCACAGAUUGAUAAGAUGGAUCUGGAUAGUUGGACCCCUCUUCAUGCUGCUGCAGCUAAUGGUCAUCAUCAGAUAGCAAAGUAUUUAAUAUCCCAAGGAGCGAAUAAGAAUGCAGUUACAGACGAAGGAGAACGGCCCAUUGAUCUUGUAGACCCUGGAGAUCAGAUUUCCCUGGAUAUUCUAUUGGAGGAAGAAGAUAGAGGGGAGAGGGAUAGGAGAAUGUCCAUAGCUUUUGAAAGAGGAGAACCUGCUUGGUACAGACGAGAGAGCGUCAGGGAGGACCUCAGGAGAGAGAGUUUUAAUGUUAUCAGAGGAAGAAAGGGCUCUAUGUGGAACCCCAACGCUGUGGACGAGGAGGAUGAAGAGGAUGAGGAGGAUGAAGAUGACGAGGAUGAGGAUAGUUCAGAAGAUGCAGAAGAUGCUGAUUUGAAGGAUCAAAAUGAAUCUUGUUUAAAAUCUUCCACUGUUGGGCCGAGCCUCUCCAGUCCGACCAAUUUAACGAACACUAACCCUUCUCGUUCUUUGUCUAAAACUCCGGUGAAUUUUUCCUUAACUUCAAAUAAAAAAGAAAGUUCCUCCAAAGAGAAAUUACAGUUUAAUGUGACUACGUCCCAGAUGGGGAAAAUGACUGUGACGACUCCACCUAUGGGGAAAAAGAAUAUUUCCCCCUUGUUGACAAAUAAAUCCUAUUUUGGUUCGGACAGACCGCGGCCAUCUUUGAUGGAAAAACACGUGUCCAAGAAAUCCGCGGAAAGAACCGGUUCUCAGACUUCCUCUGUGUUGGACAGAAUCACGCGUUUUUCACAGGAGAAAAAAGAUGGCGCUGAAAGCACAAAUUCCUCUAAAAAAAGGCAAUCAGUAGAGCAGCAGAGUCGGUCUAUUUUGCAACAAACUGUUUCUAGAUCUUUUAGUCCAUCCAGUUCCUUAAAAUCUCCAGGGUUGAUAAAACCAAUCACAUCGUUUCCAUCCAAAUCUGUUAAUUCACAUUCAACUUCCUCAAGUUUAUCUACCCCCUCCUCACCUUUAUCUACCAGAUUUAAGUUAAAUUCAACCACCAACAAAACCAAUGCUGGGUCAAAGACCACAUUUAGUUCUAACCCACCGGUGUCAAUACCUAUAGAGCGGUCAAAACCAGUUUUUCACCAGAUACCCCGAACAACAUUGACCUCCACUCCGUCAAAGUCUUUGAGUUCGUUGACAUGCAAGAUGGCAAAGACAGCAGUGGAGGAUGAGGUUGGGGAUUUAUUAGAGAGUUGGAGGAAAAAGAGAACAGAGCGCAGAGAACGUUAACACAGUCUUCAUUAAAGGGACUGUAAACACACAUUUUGAUCAGAUUAAGGUUUAAAGGGUACCGUUGUAAAUCAGACAUUGUUAUCUUUUUAUGAAGGGUUACUUAAACAUUACGCUUACAGUCCCUUUACGUUUACAAUGCUAUAUUUUCACUUUACCAUAGACAUUACUGUAAAACGUAAAUUUAGCAGCGCAUAUGUUAUUGUCCAAUUUUCACAGGACAAGUUACACGAAGGACAUUGUAUUCAGAGAAUUUACAUUUGAAUCCUGUGCAUGAUUAAUUUACAUGAUAUGCUGUUAUUUGUCUGUACUCUGUACACAGUACAGGGGAAGCUGUACGUACUGUAAUGAUAUUUAUUUUUAGAAUUUAAAAUGUACUUAACGAACAAAAUGUUAGAAACAUUUCUAAUAGUGCACGUAGAGUUAGGAUAUGAACUGUAAAACAGAAACUACACAUAUAAAUCAAACAUUUUCUUUAAUAACCAAUGUUUUAUAUUCUCAAAGUGUAGUUCAGCAGCAUUUGCAUGUAUGGAUGAAAAGUUUAAAAAUUACAAUUUAAGAAGAUGUUUAAGUUUAUUGUUUUUUUUUCAUAAGUAGAUAAACAUCUUGAUAUUUUCAAUCUAUCUUUCUAUCCCGGUGAAACUAUUGUUCUAUUCUGUUCAAU